AUGGCUAUCCCUCCGACCAUCCUGCCGUCCAUUACACGGCUGCACACCCACCAUCCGGGGGCGCACGAGACGUUCGUGCCCCAGUCGGGCGUGGCGGCGCCGCGCGCGUACUCGUCUCUGCGCGGCUCGGCGCCAGCGCUCUCACUCAAUGGCGACUGGGCGUUCCGGCUCAGCCCGCGCGCCGACGUGCCCGAGGACUUUGCCGCGCCAGAGUAUGACGCGAGCAGCUGGGACACGCUCGCGGUCCCCUCGUCGUGGGUGCUGCACCGCGACGCAGAGGGCCAGUACGGCAAGUACGGCUACCCGGCCUACCAGAACAUCAAGUUUCCAUUCCCUAUCGACGUGCCCCUCGUUCCCGAUGCCAACCCGACUGGCGACUACCGCGUGGCGUUUGACGUGCCCGAGUCUUGGAGUGGCGGCAAGGUCGUGCUCCGUUUCGAGGGCGUCGAGAGCUGGUUCAAAGUCUGGGUUGAUGGCGUCGCGCUCGGCCACUCGACUGGCUCGCGGCUGCCUACAGAGUUCGAGGUGCCUGCUACGCCUGGAAAGCACAUCCUGGCGGUACGCGUCCACCAGUGGUCGGCGGCGAGCUACCUCGAGGACCAGGACCAGUGGUGGCUGCCUGGUAUCUUCCGUGAUGUGGCGCUGCUCUACCGCCCCGCGCGCGCCAUCACCGACCACUUCGUGCACGCGAGCUACGACCAUACCACGGGCAAGGGCACGCUCAAGGUCGAGUGCUCGCCCGAGGGACGCGUGACCGUGCCCGAGCUGGGCAUCGACAUCGCCACGGGCGAGAGCAUCACGGUGCCCGUGGCGCCGUGGAGCGCCGAGACGCCGCGGCUGUACGACGGACUGCUAGACACCGGGGCGAACGGCGAGACGCUCCCCCUCAAGAUCGGCUUCCGUACCGUCGUCAUCCACGACGCGCAGAUCAAGGUCAACGGCAAGCGCGUGCUCUUCAAAGGCGUGAACCGGCACGAGUUUGACCCGGCGCGCGGACGCUCCGUCUCCCGCGAGACGAUGGAGCACGACAUCCAGCUGAUGAAGGCGCACAACAUCAACGCCGUGCGCUGCAGCCACUACCCGCCGCACCCGGCCUUCCUGGACCUGUGUGACGAGUACGGGCUGUGGGUUGUCGACGAGGGGGACUUUGAGACGCACGGGUUCGAGCUUGCGCAGUGGCGCGAUAACCCGACCGACGACCCGCGCUGGACCGACGCGUUGCUGAACCGCACGCAGCGCAUGGUCGAGCGCGACAAGAACCACGUGUCGGUGGUUAUCUGGUCGCUGGGAAACGAGGGCGGCAUGGGGAAGAACAUUGGCGCCAUGGCCGACUGGAUACGCCGCCGCGACUCGUCCCGCCCGAUCCACUACGAGCGCGAUCUUGAGCUCCGCUACGUCGACAUCUUCAGCCACAUGUACCUCAGCCACUGGCACGUCGAGCAGAUAGGACAGGGCAAGGAGGCGGCGUUGCCUGACCUCGCGCAGGAGAGUGUCUCAAAGGACACAUACGAGCCUGGCAAGGCGCUCGACCCGGCGCUCGAUGCCAAGCGCAGGCGGUCGCCAUACUUUCUCUGCGAGUACGCCCAUGCCAUGGGUAACGGGCCUGGCGGGCUGUCCGAGUACCAGGCCAUCUUUGAGAAGUACACCCGCACGCAGGGAGGGUUUGUCUGGGAGUGGAUCGAUCAUGGGCUGCCGAAACGGUUGCCGGACGGGCGCGAGUACUUCGCCUACGGGGGCGACUUUGGCGAGGAGAUCCACGAUAGCAACUUUGUCUGCGACGGCCUGGUGUUCCCCGACCGGCGACCGAGCCCAGGUUUGCUCGAGUACAAGAAGGUCAUUGAGCCUGUCGGCAUCUCGGGCGACGCCAAGGCCGGCACCGUGACCAUUCGGAACAAGUACGACUUUGCAAGUCUCUCCGGGCUGGCGUUUGCGUGGUCGCUCGCAGUUGGCGGGCAGGUGAUCGAGAGCGGCACGCUCGAGGUGCCCGACGUCGCGGCGGGCGAGAGCGCCACUGCGCGCCUGCCGGAGAUCAUCCUGCCCCCGUCCCUCGCGAUCGGGGAGGGCGUGUGGACCGUCACGGCGUCGCUGGCCAAGGCUACGCUGUACGCCGGGCGGGGGCACGAGGUCGCGUGGGGCCAGUUCCCUGCGCGGUUUACUGCGCCGACGCGGCUCGGCAUCGACCACUCGCCCGUGAUUGCGCAGCCAAAGGUCACCGGCGACACGGUGGCGAUUGGCCCCGGCACGUUCCGCGCGUCAGACGGUGCGCUUGUCGCGCUUGGUGGGCUGGAAGUCUCCGACCUCCGCCUCGAGGUGUGGCGCGUGCCGACGGACAACGAGCGGUUCGGGGGCGACGCGGCGCGGUGGCGCGCGACCGGGCUCGACCGGCUGCACCACCGCACUGAUUCCAUGUGGAUCCAGGACGCCUGUCUGUUCGUUUCGACGCGCGUCAGCGCCGCCGCGCACGACCGGGCGCUGCACACGACGUACCGCUGGUCGUCGGACGGCGAGGGACUGCGCCUCAAUGUGGCUGUCAUCCCCAAGGGCGACUGGAAGGACGUGACGAUUCCGCGCCUGGGCGUGGUGCUGGAGUUACCGUCGUCGCUGUCGCAUGUGCGCUGGUUCGGCGCCGGCCCCGGCGAGAGCUACCCCGAUACCAAGCGCGCGGGCAAGAUCGGCGCACACGACCUCGCGAUCGACGACAUGCAGACGCCGUACGUAUAUCCCCAGGAGAAUGGCGCAAGGGGAGACGUCCGCUGGGCCGAGGUGCGCGGGUCUGGCGCGGGUCUGCGCGUCGAGGGUGCACCGAGCUUUACCCUCACGGCGCGGAGGUGGACGACGGCGGACCUCGACAAGGCGAUGCACGCGACCGACUUGGAGGCGCGCGACAAGGUGUACCUCAACCUCGACAAGGCGCACGCUGGGGUCGGUACAGCGAGCUGUGGACCUGGGCCGCUGCCGCAGUAUCUUCUGCGACCGUCACCUACAGAGUUUAGCGUGGUGCUGAAGCCGUUGUAG